CAUGGAUUCUAGGGUUAAUAAACAUUGAAAUUUCAAAAUAUAUAUUAAGGUAUAUAUUCACAGAAUAUAUAUUAAGGCUUGUUCUUUGUCUGCACGUACCGGUUGUGGAUUGACUCGCAGUUAUAACGAUCCUAAAAUAAUUUUGACUUUUGUAGCUUCAGUCGCCGAGAAAUUCAGGAAACAUGUAUCGGCUCUUUGUGACAAUGACGGUAAUCACGGUAAUCAUCUUCGCGUCAAUCAACGCGGAGGUGUAUAAGGACGUGUAUAAAAUUCCGUUAUACAAGACAAACCCACGAUUCCGUUCGGAUACGGCAACCGUACCUCUGAUCAAUUGGAGAAAUUUUCAAUACUGCGGUACUAUCGAAAUUGGUACGCCACCGCAGACAUUUAAAGUACUUAUCGAUACUGGUUACUCAGAUCUCUGGGUACCAUCCAAAGACUGCAACGUCAGCCAACCUGCUUGCUUGAAACAUAAUAAGUUUGAUCAUAUAAAGUCUACCACAGAUAUAUCACUGGGUGAUGCUUAUUUUAGUUACAAAGAUAAGGGUAUAUGGCAGUCUUUAUUUGCAGAUGUAGUAAUUAUUGCUGGCCUUAAGGUUUCAUCCUAUCAGACAUUCGGAGUAGCGCACAAUUUCUCGACAAGUUUUUGGGACUCUGCACAAUGCGACGGCGUUCUGGGGAUGGGUUAUCCAGCCUUAUCUCACUUUAAUAAUCCUUCUGUUUUCCGAAACAUGAUUAAUCGAGAGAUGGUGUCCCAACAAAUUUUUAGCUUCUAUCUAAAUCGAAAUGUCACGGGCGUGUUCGGCGGUGAACUGAUAUUGGGUGGCAUCGAUUCUUCCCACGAGGCGAGUUUACGUUUGUGAAUGUUUCCCACAAAAAAUACUGGCA